GGAGGCCCAGGACGUAGUUAACAGCUGUGAGCGCGAAACAGCACCACGAAGGGCUGAGUUUUCUGAUAUAUACGAUUAAUAGUUGCUCAAAAGGAUUCUUAAUAUAUUGUCUAAUAUUGAAAUAUUAACAAUCAUGAAUUAGAAUUGUUAAAUGUUGUAUUGUGUAGAGAUAUUACGAAAGAGUCGCUUUAGAAGUAUCGAUUUUCAAACCAACAAGCUGGCAGCAUUGAAUUAUUAAAAGAAGAAGAAAUAUCUGGAAUAUUUUUCACUAAGUGUUGUCAUCGGAACAGUUACAAAGCAUCCACGAAAAAAAUCGAUAACCGCGUAAAAGUCUGACAUCUGCUCCCAUUGCGUGAUGCGAAUCUAAAAGAGAUAGGUAUAGGCGGAGAGCUGUACCCUUACACCGUCGAAAGCCAGUCUGGUGAUAAAAUAUAAAUACAGAAGAACCUUUCACAAUCGAAGUCGAGUAUUAAUUAAAGAUGGGCGGUGCUGAUAUCAAAUGGCAGAAGGAUGCUGGAGACCAGAACUUCGAUUACAUGUUCAAACUCCUUAUCAUUGGAAACAGUUCCGUCGGGAAGACAAGUUUCCUAUUUCGCUACGCGGACGAUUCCUUCACAUCGGCCUUCGUAUCCACCGUUGGCAUUGACUUCAAGGUGAAGACAGUUUUCCGCCACGACAAACGCGUUAAACUUCAAAUAUGGGAUACUGCAGGUCAGGAACGCUAUCGCACCAUCACAACCGCGUAUUACCGAGGCGCUAUGGGAUUCAUACUAAUGUACGACAUAACCAAUGAAGAAAGCUUCAAUAGUGUUCAAGAUUGGGUGACUCAAAUCAAGACGUAUUCUUGGGACAACGCACAAGUCAUCCUGGUGGGCAACAAGUGCGACAUGGAGGAGGAGCGUGUGGUGAGCGCUGAUCGCGGCCGGCAGCUUGCCGAGCAGCUUGGAGUAGAGUUCUAUGAGACCAGCGCUAAAGAAAAUAUUAAUGUUAAGACGGUGUUCGAGCGCUUGGUUGAUAUCAUUUGCGACAAGAUGUCUGAGAGCCUUGACUCCGAGCCAGCGAUGCUUGCUGGCGGCGCACGCGGCCAACGUCUUACUGAGCAGCCUCAAAACAAUGCAAACCCCAACUGCAACUGUUAAGAAUAUUACACUUUAUACGUUACUUUCUGGAUGCUAUUUACACGAAGACUUGUUCUGAAUUAUCUGCGAUUCCGUCGUUUCUAGCUGACGUACAAAAGCUCACUUUGCAAGUCAUGUUUGACUUAUCGAUGUUAAAUAUAAUCUUCUGAUGGAAAUGUUU